CCAAAGCGUUGGAUGAAAAAAAGGGAAAAGGUAGCAGCUCAGCGAAAGGCGUGCAGGAAUCAGGAGGAGGAGAGAGGAGACUUUCAUUGGGGGGAAACCGCCGCCUCCAGCGCACUCCAUCCCGAUGUGAUGAAGUGAGAUGGAAGAAGCCAUGGAGGUCUGGAUGGUGGAUCCAUGGAGCUUGGCUUAAAUUUUCAAGGUUGUUUUUUAACAUUUCCCCUUCGGAUUAGUUUGCAGCGGCUGCUGGUGGUGGUGGUGGUGGUGGUGGGAAGGAGUACAGAGCGGUUUUGGGUUUGCAAAAAAAUGCCUUUCGCCAAACGGAUCGUGGAGCCGCAGCUGCUGUGCAGGCACACCGUUCCCAACGAUGAGGGCUUGCUCUUCGAGGACCUGCGCUCCAUCAGCAACGUGGCGCUCGCGCGCAGUCUCCGCCAACUCGCCGACCUGGCCAGACACGCGUGCUCCAUCUUCCAGGAGCUCGAAGACGACGUCGUCGCCACGAGCCAGCGCGUGCGCCUGCUGCAAGGCAAAAUAGGCCAAAUGCAGCAGACCGCCGCCGCGCUUGAUCCCAAACUGGAAGCUGUGCCCGUGUCAAAUCUGGAUGUUGAGAGUAAGUUAACAUCCCACUAUCAGGCCCCAUGGCACCAACAGCACAACUUAAUUCACCCCAGCACACGGCUGCCAUGUCUGGAAGAGCUGCACCGCCAUGCCCAGUUCACGCUACGGGCACUGCACAGAGAGCAGCGUCAGCGUUCAACCAGCAGGGAGCGCAAUCUGGUCACCAUCUCCAUCUCAGUGGCUCCACCCAUGCCCACAUUCCCUUCCCCUCACUCCAUUAGGAGGCAGGACCAGAGACACUCACUUAUGCUGGACAGAGCCGAAUUUCAGACAAUGCAGAGGAAGGAAAGAAGUACCAGAGAGUCAGACAUGCAGACUCUCCCCAGGAAAGUUAUCCAGCAGGAGAGACCUUCGAGAGAGACGGAGUUUCAGCCAGCACAAAGAAAGCAUGAGCGCUCUUGUUCCUCCUCCCCCACGACGUGUUGCGUGUUCUUCCACUGGAUUCGAAAGGUUGGAACAAAUACAAAUACAGACGGGGAGUUGGUGGCUCUUAGCCACAGACCUAAGUGUCCUGUUCCCAAUGUUCCCACGACACUGGACAAGCAGACCAACUGGUCCAAAGCCCUGCCACUCCCCACACCAGAUGAACGGAUGAAGAAUGAUUCUCAUGUCAUCUCAUCCUGCAUCAUUCCUAUCAAUGUUACAGGUGCAGGAUUUGACCGAGAAGCCAGUGCUCGCUGCUCGUUGGUUCAUUCCCAGUCUGUGUUGCAGCGGCGAAGGAAACUAAGGAGGCGGAAAACUAUCACAGGCAUUCCCAGACGAGUGCAACAAGACAUGGACUCAGAUGAAUCUCCUGUGGCCAGAGAACGAUCUGUGGUAGCCCCUGGCAACCCACAUAUGUCCCUCUACCAGGAAGAGCUGUCACUUAGUGGCCGGACGCUUAACACCAAAGACUCUGGUUGCCAGACCGAUGAUUUCUUGAUAGCUGCUCCAUCCCGUAGGCGUAUUCGUGCACAGAGGGGUCAAGGAAUUCCAGCUUCCCUCUCCCACUCCACUGGUAAUAUCACUUCAUUACCAGAUCGCUCUGAUACAACCUAUACCACUGCUUUGGGCACUCGUCUGCGUUCAAGAAGUUUGCCCCGAGAAGGAAGUCGACUCCGGGACAACGAUCAAGAUGAUAGUGAUGAUGAUGAGGAAGAUGAUGAAGAGCUCUCUCCUUAUGAGGCGGAGGACUUUUUGCCAGGUCCAGGAAGGAGGAUAAUAAAGGAUGAGGAGGAGAGCACCGAUGACCAAGCCAUGCCUGAGCUCCAGCUGGAAAGUUUAAAGCGGAUACAGCAUGGAGGUAGUCCUGAAAAUGCUUGGAUUGAGAGGGGUAGAUCCCGGCUUCCACGUAACUCUGACAUGGGAAGCUGUGAGAUCUCAUCCAGUUCAGACACAUUCAGCAGUCCCAUCCACUCUGUUUCAACCACAGGCGUCCUUGGCAGCCAAAUUGACCACAAAGAAGACCAUCAGUCUUCAAGUGGAAACUGGAGUGGAAGCAGCUCAACUUGUCCAUCACAGACCUCAGAAACACUACCACCAGCUGCCUCACCUCCCUUAACUGGUUCCUCACACUGUGAUUCAGAGCUGUCUCUCAACACAGGGUGUCAUAUAAUUGAUGACACUACUGGCUUCAUCAUUGACCCCUUCCACAUGGACAGGUCACAAGUUCAGGGACACAGGUCUAGUUCAUUCACCUCUUCAGCUACAGAUCAGAUGGAUGAUGCAGGUGUUAGUACUGCUAGUGAUGGGGAGUGGAACUGCAACCAGGACCAGCAGGAUCAACCUUGUCCUCCAGACUUCAGCCCAAAGCGCUCACGGGAAGAUGAGAGCGGCAUAAGUUGUCCCAGCUAUUCUAGUGGAGAAACUUAUGAGUGCUUUAGUAGGCAACCAUCGGGUGAAAUAUUAGAGAGCUUUACAAAUUAUGGUGUUGAUACUGAAGGCUUCUACACAUCUGUGCACUUGGACUGUGGUCUUAAAGGUAGCAAAAGCUAUUGCAACUAUGCAGCCAUUGACCCCGACUGUGGCCCAAGUGGGAACAUUGCACCUGGCAUGGGUGAAUACCCUCAACAAGCUUACAAAGGAAUGAGUACUCUUGGAAGAGGGUGUCUUUCUUUAAGAAAACCAAAGGCUAAGCCACCUCCACCAAAACGUAGCUCUUCUUUAAAGGAAACAAACAGCAGCGUGGAUGUUCAAGAGCAGAACGAACCAAAGAUUACUAGUGAGCUGCCCCUGCCUUUGUCUUCCAGGGAGAUGAAGCUACAGCUGGAGUUGGCUGGUUCUGACAGGCACCUUGACACUGCAGGUCUCUGUGAAAAACAGCUUGGCUCCUGGGGUGUAGAGAAUAUCAGAGACAUGCUAGACUGCUCCUCUCCAUUUAGUUCUUCUGACACACAUUCCUUUAAGGAUGAGGGUGCUGUGCAGUCAGACUAUGCAGACCUUUGGCUUCUUAAUGACUUGAAAUCUAGUGAUCCUUACAGGUCGCUAUCCAACUCUAGCACUGCUACGGGUACAACAGUUAUUGAAUGUGUCAAGUCACCAGAGAAUCUGGAAACUCAGGCCUGUUGCCCCAGGUCCAGACCCAGCUCUCCAACACUUCCACCCCAAGAAGGUGACUAUAGACUGGGCUCUCCUGAAAAACUAGCUUCAUUGGCAUCCCCGUCAAGUGGAUAUUCCAGUCAGUCAGAGACACCUACAUCUUCCUUUCCAUCUGCAUUCUUCCCAUCUCCACUGUCCCCAACCAGUGGCAAGAGGAAACCCAAAGUGCCAGAAAGAAAAUCAUCACUCUCCUCUCUCCAACAGCAGCAGCUUGCCCUUCGAGAUGUGGGCUCUUCCUGUAGGAGAGAUACUGAUUCGCAGGCACCACCUAGUCACCUUGACCUAAGUGCUCUUCACACCAAGCCCUUUGCCCACAGGAACCAGAUACACCUCCUUCACCAGAAUAAACAGAAAGCAGCUGCAGCAGCAGCUGCAUUGGCAGAAGCCCGUGCUGCUGCAACUUUGGAGGCAUCUAGUUCAACCCACACAGCAAACACAACUGUUCUGAGGUCAAGUAAUCUGCGACCCAUUGAUAAACUAACAGAGGGCAACCAUGGUUCUGAGCACUCUAGUGCUGAUCAAUCAACUCGACCCAAGUGUCCCACAGUAACAGUUGAGACUGUGCCUGCUGACAACAGGCAUAACAGAAAACCACCAGCCUACAAGCCACCUGCUGUUCAGCACUGUGAAUCUCACUGCCCACCUCAAGAAGCCAUUGCUAUACAACAUGAAGGGAUUAAAAUAAGGCAGGAAAGGCAUGGACUGGGAACUUACUGGGCCAUGACAGCAUUUAGAACACCUGUGCAACCAACCAGUGAACAAGAAGAACACUUAUCUCCAACAGUCCAGGCUUGUGAGACCCAUAAUGCUCAGCAGGAAGCAGAGUGUAACAGGAAUCCAGAUGUGGAAGACACAUUAUCAGCAAAAAGUGUUAAUUGUGAACCCAAUAAAGCACUCAAUCCAAAACCUCUUGCAGAACCGUCCUUGAAUCUGAGCAGUACGCUGUCUCCUCCUGCUUACAGUGAAAUACGCAGAAGUGACUUUGUGCUGUGCAACAGCCCAGAUAAAGUAUUUUCCAGGAGUUUAGACCCGUCAUCACACAUAAUCAGCGAUGGUAAAAGCAAAGAGGAGGCGUACGAGACAUGUGUCACUACCAGAAGUGCCUCACAGGAUGGACAUGAGGAUGAGUCAACCCCAGACACAGAAGACUACUUCAGCAAAGAUUCAACACCUAGUGACAACUCAAAUUCUCCUCUGACCGAUGACUCUAAGUUUGAUGAUGAUAACUUAUUCCCUUCACCUAAUAAACUACGCACAACUGAAGAUUUGUUUGCCAUGAUACACAGAUCCAAAAGGAAAGUCCUUGGGCGGAAAGACUCAGGAGAGCUCAAUGGGAAGAGUCGUCUUGGUGUUCCACCUGUUAGUGGUCCAGUCAGUCAUCCUGUGGCAUGUCCAACUGUCCCAACUCCUGUAGCUGGUUCUCAGAGAGCACCAGGACCCAUUUACAGGAGUGCCAAAAAAUCCAGCACCUCCAAUGAGGAAUUUAAGUUACUGCUGCUGAAGAAGGGCAGUCGCACUGACACCAGUUACCGCAUGUCUGCAACAGAAAUCCUUAAGAGCCCCAUCACUCCCAAGACACCAGGUGAAUUAGAGGCUUCCAGACAACCAGAGGAACUGCCUUCACCUAUGCAGGAGUCUCCAGCCAGCAUAGAGCCAAUCCCAGGUACUUUCCCCAAGGCAAAUAUUGAGGGUUUCUCUACAAAAACCCAUUCUUUGUGUGCUGCUUCCAGGCAAGGUCGUUCUAGGAUCCCACCUGCCGCAAGCAGCAGUAGGUACAGUACUCGCAGCCGGCUAUACACUGCCCCAAUGCAGGCAAUUUCAGAAGGAGAAACCGAAAACUCUGAUGGAAGUCCACAUGAUGACCGCUCCUCCUAGUGGUAUCUUUCAUGGCUUCUGGUAUUUUCCUGUUUUUUGAAACAAUAGCAAAACAAGUCCCUCAGAAAAAAAAAUAUUAAUAAAUUUUCCUAAAUUCAGUCCUAAACUUAAGUAAAAACUUUGAAACUUUUUAUCCACAUGCUGGGUAAACCUUUUGUUCAGUGAUGACAUUUUAUUUCCAUUAAAAUCUUUUGGAACUUCUUUUUUUUAUAUGGAUGCUUGAUGGAUAUUGAUCUCUCUCUUUUGUUUUCACUUAUAAAAUGUGAAGGGUGUAAAUUAUAGCAAUGUGGGUGGAUGAAAACAACUUUAUUUUCAAAACAUUAUAUCUUCAGCUUUUGCUAACAAAAAUAUCAUUAAUGUGUUGGGUGCAAAACUAGAAGGAAAUAUUAGACACGACCCUGCUAAAGUCUCAGUCAGGAAGUAUCAAACUACUCCAACUAUCCUCAAGAUCAGAUGCUUUUUAUAUUGGAUGGUUUGUAGCAUUGUUGACACUUGUUUUUGCAGUACCAAAUACCAACAUACCCAUUGUUGUGAUUCCUAAUUGGGACUUUAGUUAGGCAUACACAGGACAAUCACACUGUGGCCUUUCCUAACAGAAGGUCUAUAAAUUCCAGAGGACAGAAUGAGUCUCCGGGAUUAUAGGCUUUUUCUAUGGUUGAGAAUUCUUGAUGUGUAAAUGAAUGGAUUUGCAAAGGCUGCAAAUAUUUUGCACUUGUUUGGAGAUAACAAAGAUAAUUCCUUUAAACAUCCUACAGGAUUGGUGCAAUGUUUAUGUAUGAUAGAAAUGAGUCCAUGUGUUAGUUCUCACAUGGUGCCACCCAUAACAUUAAAAGUUUAUAUUUUCAGUUACAGGCUGCCAUGUUGCUUUUAACUGUAGUUCUCUUAACACCAGCUUUGAGCAUACACUACCAGAAAAAGAUCAUGUUAUAUUUUACAUUUGAAUGCACUUAAUUAUGUUAAUUAUGUAUACAUUUUGUAGGUAUAGAACAUAUAGGGGCUUAAUGUCUAGGAAGAAUACAACAGUGAAAUCAUGAACUGUAUUCUAUGAAUACCUUUAAAGUUGUGCAAGCAAGCUGUUGACUGAAUUCAGUUUGCAGUCAUUUUUUUUAUUCAGUAAGAGAUGUUAUGAAAUUAAAAAGUGAGGUUUGUCAAGCUUACACUGUGCCGAAAAGUGGAGGAUGGACAAGCUGUGAAUCAGUCCAUUUGAAAUCAUUGUUUUCUGAUGAGUACUGUCAUGGUGCUCCCUUUCCCGACUUUUAUUUUGUCUUCUAUACAGCAUGCAAUAAAGGUCUAUAGUUCAUAGGGAAAUUUGAUCAUUUUCAAAUCAUUUGCAUUCAUUGAGUGUUUGUAUGUUCAAUAGGUGAAAAAGUUUGAAUAUGCUGAUGUUUGAUUUUUUUUUUUUUUUUUUUUUCAUUGUUAUAUGAAAAAACUCAGCUUUAUAUCCCUAAUGUGGAAGAACUGGACAAUCUGUUGAAGCACUGUUGGUAUAAAAGAAAAUAUAUAUAUUAAAUAUAUAGAGAAGUCUGCUCUCUGACAGGUUUAGAGUAUAUAUUGGUGUUUUUGGGUGAUA